AAAUUAACCUUAUUUUAGCUGGAUCUACCAAGAAUACCAAAACAGAAGCAAGAAAAGGUUUCCCCGUAAAAAGCCAAAUCCCUCUUUAGUCUGUGGCAAGGAAAAGAUUCAAUUUUUGUAUUGAAUCCCUACAAAUUCAGCAGAUAUUUGAAAGCCCAUCAAACUCUUGCAACUUCCCAGAAUGGAUUUUAGUCAGCCUCCAGGUGAAAAUUAUGCCAACCCCAAGACGUGUUUCUUUCAUGUUCUCUUCAAGGCUGGAGCGUUGGCCUUUUACAUCCUUUCUACUCUCUUUUUCGACAACUUUGUGAUAAUUUUUGUGGUGACUGUUAUUCUUUCUGCUCUUGAUUUUUGGGUGGUUAAGAAUGUUAGUGGGCGUAUAUUAGUUGGUUUGAGGUGGUGGAAUGAAAUUAACGAUCUUGGUGAGAGUGUGUGGAGAUUUGAAUGUCUUGAUCAAGAGUCAUUGGCCCGGAUGAACAAGAAGGAUUCAUGGCUAUUUUGGUGGACCCUUUACCUUUCAGCGAUUGCUUGGAUUGUGCUUGGAAUAUUCUCUCUCAUAAGGUUUCAAGCCGAUUAUCUCCUUGUUGUUGGAGUUUGUUUGACUCUCAGCAUUGCAAAUAUUGUUGGCUUCACCAAAUGUCGCAAAGAUGCCAAGAAGCAGAUUCAACAGUUUGCCUCCCAGACCAUCGCUUCGAGAGUUUCCUCCACUAUACAAUCAGCAUUUAGCGUUGUCUGAAAAAUUUGAUAGGAAAAUACGAGAAUGACAUGGAAGAAAUGCACUUGUAGAGCAGAUGUUGAGAAGUCUGGCACAUACAAAACGACUAGUAUUUGAAUUGCCCAUUUUUGUGAACUGGGGUUACAAAUCAGAUGUAUUUUAUGGUACCUAUAAUGCUUUGUAUAAUGAAUCACUCAGAGAAGAAGUCUGUUGCAAACAAUCAUCUUUCACUUACUAAGUGCAUUUUUACCGGUCUGUAUUCAUGACUUACAUUCUUCACUGAGAUGUUUUGUUAUUGAUUUCAAUUCUUUCAA